GUGUAAUCCCAGAUGAGCUCUGGACUUUGACUUUUCUCUUCGAUCUGAAUUUGGCUCAGAAUUACUUGACAGGACCUCUCUCUGCAUCCAUCGGAAAUCUGACUAGCAUGCAAUACUUGACCCUUGGAAUUAAUGCAUUAUCAGGCGAGCUACCGAAGGAACUUGGAAAUCUCACUGAUUUGAGAACAUUCGCUUUUGGAGCAAACAACUUUUCUGGUCCUCUGCCAUCUGAGCUAGGGAGUUUAUCAAAACUAAAAGAGAUUUACUUUGAUAGUUCUGGAGUUAGUGGCGAAAUUCCAUCAACAUUUGCUAAUCUGCAAAACUUGGAAAUAGUUUGGGCAUCGGACACUGAGCUGACUGGCAGGAUACCUGACUUCAUAGGAAAUUGGUCAAAGCUUUCUGUCUUGAGGUUUCAAGGAAACUCUUUUGAAGGUCCUAUACCAGUUACAUUUUCCAAGCUGACUUCUCUGACAGAGCUGAGAAUUAGUGAUUUAUCCAAUGUCAAUGGGAGCUCAUCUCUUGGAUUUAUUAAGGAUAUGAAGUCUCUCAGUAUUUUAGUGCUGAGGAAUAACAAUAUUUCGGAUUCAAUUCCUUCCAACAUUGGAGAAUACCAAAGUUUGUCUCAGCUGGAUUUGAGCUUCAACAAUUUAACUGGACAGAUACCAGACUCGCUGUUUAACUUGAGUUUGCUCUCUAUUCUGUUUCUUGGAAACAAUAAGUUGAACGGUACCCUGCCUGAAUCUAAAAGUUCGUCUCUUCUCAACAUAGAUUUAUCUUACAAUAAUCUACUGGGGAGCUUUCCUUCAUGGGUCAACGAACAAAAGUUACAGCUUAACUUAGUCGCCAACAACUUCAGCAUAGAAAGUUCAAACAGCAGUGCUCUACCUUCAGGGUUGAAUUGCCUUCAACAGAACUUUCCUUGCAAUCGUGGCACUGGACUCUAUUAUAACUUGGGGAUUAAAUGUGGUGGUCCUCAGAUUACAUCUUCCAAUGGCAUUGUGUAUGAGAAUGAAAAUCAGACCCUUGGUCCAGCUACAUAUUUUGUGACUGGCACAAACAAAUGGGGAGUUAGCAAUGUUGGAUAUUUCACUUCGACCAACAAUCCUCAAUAUACAAGUUUCUCUUUAUCUCAAUUCAAAAAUACUUUAGAUUCUGAGAUAUUCCAGACUGCAAGGCUUUCAGCUUCAUCACUUAGAUACUAUGGCUUGGGGCUUGAGAACGGUAACUACACUCUGACCCUUCAAUUUGCAGAAACAGCUAUCCUAGAUUCUACUACAUGGAAAAGUCUUGGAAGACGUGUAUUUGAUAUUUAUAUCCAGGGCAACCUGUUUCUAAAGGAUUUUGAUAUACGGAAGGAGGCAGGUGCAUCUUUCCAAGCCGUACAGAAGGAGUACACGGCUCAGGUUUCAGAGAACUACCUAGAAAUUCAUCUCUUUUGGGCUGGAAAGGGGACUUGCUGCAUACCUGGGCAGGGUACAUAUGGACCUUUUAUUUCAGCCAUCAGUGCUACACCAGAGCUGUUAGGGAUAGAUAUCGGGCCACUCACUUUCAGCUUUUCGGAACUGAAGUCAGCUACAAAUGACUUUAAUCCAGCUAAUAAGCUUGGGGAGGGAGGAUUUGGACCUGUCUAUAAGGGAACACUUAAUGAUGGAAGAGUAAUUGCUGUGAAGCAAUUGUCUGCAGCAUCCCAUCAAGGAAAGAGCCAGUUUGUAACUGAGAUUGCCACUAUCUCUGCUGUGCAACACAAUAACCUAGUGGAUUUGUAUGGAUUCUGCGUCGAGGGAGAUAAGCGACUCCUUGUUUAUGAGUAUCUAGAGAACAACAGUCUUGAUCAAGCAUUAUUUGGAAAAAGAAGUUUGAAUCUUGAUUGGUCAACACGUUUUGAUAUAUGCUUGGGCGUCGCAAGAGGUUUAACUUAUCUUCAUGAGGAAUCAAGGCUUCGGAUUGUGCACAGAGAUGUGAAGGUCAGUAAUAUCCUGCUUGACUCUAAUCUCAUCCCCAAAAUAUCAGAUUUUGGUUUAGCCAAGCUUUAUGAUGAUAAAAAGACCCACAUCAGUACCCGGGUUGCAGGAACAGUUGGGUAUCUUGCCCCGGAAUAUGCCAUGCGUGGACACCUUACAGAGAAGAGUGACGUCUUUUCGUUUGGUGUUGUGGCCCUAGAAACUGUCAGUGGUAGGCCAAAUUCUGACCCGAGUUUGGAUGAAGAAAAGAUUUAUCUUCUUGAAUGGGCUUGGUACUUGCAUGAAACCAAACGUGAAGUUGAACUAGUGGACUCCAGAUUAUCCGAAUUCAACGAGGAAGAAGUAAAACGAGUAAUUGCUAUAGCAUUUUUGUGCACUCAAGCAUCACCAUUGCUACGACCAUCGAUGUCCCGUGUGGUGGGAAUGCUUUCAGGAGAUAUCGAAGUGGCGACUGUAACCUCAAAGCCUGGUUACUUGACUGACUGGAAAUUUGAUGACAUAAGUGGUAUAAACAGUAUGACUAUCGAUAUGUCAACUAAAGGAACUGAUUCUAGCGUUUACAACUCAUCGGCAAGUACAACCGUGGUGGGGGAUACAAGUCAAUUACCUGCAAAGGCCACUCAACCCAUAAUUUACAAUACUGUUCGCAAUGGCAAGUGAGAAUUUUGAUGGACUUGAAGAAAGAGGUACAGCAAUAGUGAUUGAGUUUUUUUCUUUAUUGUUUUUCUUGGGAGAGGGAGGAAUGAAUAUACACAUAAUUUUUAAUUAUUGUUCAUAUAUGUAG